UUUAUAAAUUUUGAAAAGGAGACACAACAAGCAAUUUUGAAUCAAGUGUUUUCAACAUCCACUAGAGCUAUGGCAUAUCUAAGUGGAAAUUCAUUUUUUGUGUACUUUCUCUUUACAAUCAUCUUUGGUUUGGGAAUUCUUCAUGCAUCUGCAGAAUUGCAAAGAUUUACACACACACCAAAAAGUGAUGGUUCUCUUAGUUUCUUGGUUCUUGGUGAUUGGGGAAGAAGAGGUGAAUACAAUCAAUCUGAAGUUGCUUUCCAGAUGGGGGAGGUUGGAGAGAAGCUUGACAUUGAUUUUGUAAUUUCAACUGGUGACAAUUUUUAUGAUGAUGGCCUAACUAGUGAACAUGAUCCAAAUUUUGAGGAAUCAUUCUCCAAAAUUUACACAGCAAAAAGUCUACAAAAGCAGUGGUAUAGUGUGUUGGGAAACCAUGACUAUAGGGGUGAUGCAGAGGCUCAAUUGAGUCCAUUCCUUAGACAAAUUGAUAGUAAAUGGCUUUGUUUAAGGUCUUUUAUUGUAGAUUCAGAGCUUGCUGAGAUUUUUUUUGUUGACACCACCCCUUUUGUUCAAGAAUAUUUUACUGAAUCAGAAGAACAUAAUUAUGAUUGGAAGGGAAUUUAUCCACCAAAAACUUAUAUUUCCAAUUUACUAAAGGAUCUUGAUAUGGCAUUGAGGGAAUCAACAGCAAAGUGGAAGAUUGUUGUUGGUCAUCAUGCAAUUAAAAGUAUUGGACAUCAUGGUGAUACUCAAGAACUUAUAAGCCAACUUCUACCAAUUCUUCAGGCAAAUAAUAUUGAUUUUUACAUGAAUGGACAUGAUCACUGUCUUGAACAUAUCAAUGACACAAAAAGUCCAAUUCAAUUCUUGACUAGUGGAGCAGGAUCUAAGGCAUGGAGAGGAGACAUUGAAGAAACAAACAGAAAAGAUGUAAAUUUCUUCUAUGAUGGACAAGGUUUCAUGUCUGUGCAAUUGACUCAAACAGAUGCAAUCAUUUUGUUCUAUGAUGUUUUUGGCAAGGUUUUGCACAGAAUCAUUUCAUCAAAGGAGCUGCGUUCUUCCAUGUAAAGUUUAGAAUUAGUACUAGAUAUAGAGAGAGAGAAUUGAAUUAACAUGUUUUUAGGGACUGGUGGAUUGGUUUUCAAAUUCAAGUCACCACCAAUUCUUGAAUGCAUUAACGUGUAUACAUAUUUGCAUUGUAUUGUUUAGAAUUUUUUUUAUUUUAAAUUUUUAAAUUUUUAAAUUUUAUUCUUCUUC